UAUAAAAUGGAUUUUACAGCAUUAAAGAGAUUUGCCCAUCAAACACUUUAUUCUGUGAUAUGACGAUAACCAGAAAAUGAGUCGCAUGAAACAGGGAAGUAAAUCAAAACGUAAAAGGAAGAGCCAAAUUCAACAUUACUGUAUGUUGAUACUAAGAAAUGGAUUUAGAUGAAUAUCUGUUAGAGGAAGAUCUCUACUGUUGUGUAUAUAAGAAGAUGUUCAGAUGAUAUUCUUCACACAUCGAUCUCUGAGAUCUUGAAGCUCAACACAACCGCUCCAGGAUUCAUUUCUUCACAUCAUCUAAAACAAUGAGACAUCUGAUGGCUUUGAUGUUUCUGGUGAUCUUCUGCUCUCUGCAGCUGACUUCAAGUGCUCCAAUUGCCUCUGAUUUGGCCAAAUCAACAUGCUGUUAUAAGUUCAGCAAUGCAGUGAUUCCUCUGAAACUGGUGAAGUCGUACUAUUGGACCGCCAGCAGCUGCUCCAAACCAGCCAUUGUGUUUCAGACUAAAAAAAGGAGGAUCUGUGUAGAUCCAGAAACCAGCUGGGUGAGCGGUCACAUCAAUGAAGUGGACAACAGAACAACAAAGAUCCAAAACAACACAGAUCUUGAAGCUCAACACAACUUCUUCAGGAUUCAUUUCUUCACAUCAUCUAAAACAAUGAGACAUCUGAUGGCUUUGAUGUUUCUGGUGAUCUUCUGCUCUCUGCAGCUGACUACAAGUGCUCCAGUUGCCACUGAUACGGCAAAAUCAAUAUGCUGUUUUAAGUUCAGCAAUGCACAGAUUCCUCUGAAACUGGUGAAGUCGUACUAUAGGACCGCCAGCAGCUGCUCAAAACCAGCCAUUGUGUUUGAGACUGACAAAAGGAGGAUCUGUGUAGAUCCAGAAACCAGCUGGGUGAGCGGUCACAUCACUAAAGUGGACAACAGAACAACAAAGACCUAAAACAAGACAGUCUGAAGAAUUGAUUCAUCUGUUUAUAUAUUUAAACUCAACAUCUGACUCUGUAUAUACUUCACUCCUGUUAUGCUCUAAUGUGUAAAUGAUAAUGACAGUAUUUUUUUUUACAAAAUAUUUAUGACUUGUCUUAACCUCUUUUUAAUAAAAUCUCAAUAAUAAAUAUAUGCUUGUGAAUUUUUUUCAUUAUAUUUCAUUCAUAAAAGUAAAUCCAGCAAGGUCAGGCCUGUGUUCAACUCAUGUAAUAUUGCUCAGUACAAUGAACAGAUUCACUCCUUUAUAAAACAAGAAGUUUGAAUAUGCUGAGAUGAUCAUCUAAAAACCCAAAAUGAUGCAAAAGCAACAUAGAGAAUUCUGCAGCAGGACAAUGAUCCAAAACACACCAGCAAAUCCACCUCUGAAUGGCUGAAGGAAAACAAAAUGAAGACUUUGGAGUGGCCUAGUCAAAGUCCUGACCUCAAUCCUAUUGAGAUGCUGUGGUGUGACCUUAAAGGGACAAUGUGUAGUUUUUAAAGUAUUUUAUUAGUCAAAAUCAAUGUCUAUAUUCAUAAAUAUGUCCUCAUUGGUGUCAAAUUACCUCUGACUUAAAGCUUAGAUUUUCUUCUCCUCAUUUAAAGUCCAAUACAUGUUGACACUCAGAAGUGGAUUUUCAUUAAUUUUUCUCUUAGUCAGUAUAUAACUAAAAAGUCAUUGUGAAGCUGCAUCUCUUAUCUGGAGAUCUUAAAUAUUUUCUCAAUAUGUCUACCCUUACACAUACCCUCACACAUUGAAUUGCUGAUAUGACAGAUUUGACAACUGGAAGCUGUUGAAAUAAUGAAAUAAUAGAAAGCAUUGCAUUUACUGUAAACUGUAUGUGGCUGAUAUUAUGUAACUGUAUUACUAAUAAAAAUAACUUGCUUGUAAGCAGUCAGAGUUUUAGGUUAACAUACACAGUUAUCUUAAACAUUGAAAGUGAUAUUAUCUGUUGA